UGCAAAGAAAAAGCCUAGAAAAAGCAUUGUAGUUAAUUCUGAUACUGAAAAUGAUGAUAAGGAGAAUGAGUUAACUUCAAGAAUUAGUGAACUUGAAUAUAAAGAAUGGGUUCUAGCUUUAAAAGAGCGUGAAAUUGAUCUAAGAAAAUGA